CAAGAGCGGUUAAUAAGAAUUUAAGACACACAGAGAAGGGAGCAGGUGAAGUAGCGCGCAAGCAAAAGUAAACUUGUGGGCGCCGUCUGGGUUGGGAAUUGAAUUUAGUGAAAGAAAGAAAUAAGGGCCCAGGGACAAAAGAGUCGGGUCAGGUGGCUGUAAAAUCGCCAAAUCCCAGUCUUUGAACCGCACGUCUGUCUUUGAAUUGAUUCGUAAAGCAGCCCUAAGUUGAAUCACAUCAUCCACCGCUUCAACGACUAUAAAUAGCACCGCGAUAAACGAUGCGGAAAUUCGUGAGCAACACAGCGAGUGGGGACCUCAGCCUCCUCCGACGUUCCUUUCAGUAUCUGAAACUGCUGCGUCCUCUCGCUGCUUCCCAAUCACGUUUCCUGUCUUCUACUCCUGUUUCCCAUCUCCCUUCUUCCAUGCCUUCCUCCAAUCCCUCCACUCUUCCUGUCUCCCUCGAUACCAUUAACCCCAAGGUCCUCAAAUGUGAGUAUGCCGUCCGUGGUGAAAUUGUCACCAUUGCCCAGAGGUUACAACAAGAGUUGCUGGCUAAACCAGGCUCUCAUCCCUUUGAUGAGAUACUUUACUGCAACAUUGGUAAUCCUCAGUCUCUUUCUCAGCAGCCAAUAACUUUUUUCAGAGAGGUUCUUGCCUUGUGCGACCAUCCAACCAUUUUGGACAAAAGCGAAACACAGGGUUUGUUCAGUGCAGAUGCCAUAGAGCGAGCGUGGCAGAUUCUGGAUCAAAUACCGGGAAGAGCAACUGGUGCUUAUAGUCACAGUCAGGGUAUCAAGGGAUUACGUGAUACAAUUGCUACUGGUAUUGAAGCUCGUGAUGGCUUUCCCGCUGAUCCAAAUGAUAUUUUCUUGACAGAUGGUGCAAGCCCAGCGGUCCAUAUGAUGAUGCAAUUACUGAUAAGAUCAGAAAAGGAUGGAAUUCUUUGUCCCAUUCCUCAGUACCCCUUGUACUCUGCUUCAAUUGCUCUCCAUGGAGGCACAUUGGUUCCUUACUAUCUCGAUGAAGCAGCAGGAUGGGGAUUGGAAAUUUCUGAGCUUAGGAAGCAAUUGGAGGCUGCCAAGUCCAAGGGCAUAACAGUUAGAGCCUUGGUUGUGAUAAACCCAGGCAAUCCGACGGGGCAGGUUCUUGCCGAGGAGAACCAGCGGGACAUUGUGGAGUUCUGCAAGAGAGAAGGUCUUGUUCUUCUGGCAGAUGAGGUAUAUCAGGAAAAUGUUUAUGUUCCUGAGAAGACAUUCCACUCGUUCAAGAAGAUUUCUCGGUCUAUGGGGUAUGGUGAGAAGGAUAUCUCCUUAGUAUCUUUUCAGUCAGUCUCUAAAGGCUACUAUGGGGAGUGUGGAAAAAGAGGAGGUUACAUGGAGGUCACCGGAUUCAGCCCUGACGUAAGGGAACAAAUGUACAAAGUGGCAUCUGUAAAUCUUUGUUCUAAUAUCUCUGGUCAAAUUCUUGCAAGCCUUGUCAUGAGCCCACCCAAGGUCGGGGAUGAGUCAUAUGAAUCGUACUGUGGAGAGAAAGAAGGAAUUCUAUCAUCACUGGCAAGGCGUGCAAAGGCUCUGGAAGAUGCAUUUAAAAAAUUAGAGGGUGUAUCAUGCAAUGAAGCAGAAGGGGCAAUGUAUCUGUUUCCCCGUAUUCACCUGCCUCAAAAGGCAAUUAAAGCAGCAGAGGCUGCAAAGACUGCCCCAGAUGCAUUCUAUUGUCACCGCCUGCUUAACGCCACGGGAAUUGUUGUUGUUCCUGGUUCUGGCUUUGGACAGGUACCUGGCACCUGGCAUUUCAGGUGCACAAUACUCCCCCAAGAGGAUAAGAUUCCUGCUAUUGUAUCCCGGCUGACAGAGUUCCACCAAGGAUUCAUGGAUGAGUUUCGUGACUGAGGGAUCUUGUCAUCGUGGUCUUUUAGAUACUUCAUAAAAAGGUGUAGGCAUUUUGAUCUACAAGGAAAUUGUUCUAACACAUUUACUCUUUUUUUUUUCUUUUUUUUUUUCUUUUUUUUUUUCUUUUUUUUUUUCUUUUUUUUUUUCUUUUUUUCUUGAGACAAUUAUUUAAUCAUUUUUCUCUUAUGAGGAUAAUGUUUUACCAAGUAGCAAGAUGUUGAGGAUCAUCUAUUGUUAAUCCUUUUUUUUUUUUUUUUUUUUUUUUCAUUUUCUUUUGACAUUUCCCCCGACGGCUGCAAGUUAUAGGAUGAGCUUGCAAGUCAUCUGUUCUCUUCUUGCUUCCAAGCAGUAUUUUUCCUCCCCCA